GUUCAAAGUAUUGGCAAAGGAGACUGGAAUGGAGUUCGUGUGAGACUCUGACUUCAGUAGCAUUUGAAGAUGAUCAAACCUACAGACACUUUCCUCUGAGCAGAAGCAGAUUGGAAAUGACUGACAGUGGUCAUUACUGGUGUGUGGUUGAAUAUAGUGAAAUUAAACUGGGAACUCCUUUGGAACUGAGAGUUAAAGCCUCAUCACUCCUGUGGAUCAAUGAUCCUGUGGUCACUGGUAUACGAGGAGGAAUGGUCAGUAUUCUGUGUCAUUACACUCAGGAUUACAAACGCUAUGUGAAACAAUGGUGCAAAGGAGAAGAAUGGAAAUCGUGUGAGAUUGUGGCCCAGUCAAUGACGUGGAAAGUAGGGGAUAAAGUAAGACUUGAUGAUGAUGAGUCUCAGGGCAUCUUCACAGUGAAUAUGAGAGCGUUAGAGAUGGCUGACGCUGGGCAGUACUGGUGUGUAAUGGAGAGUAAUGGAGUUAAACUGGGAACUGCUGUGGAACUCAUAGUGAAAAAAGUCAUACCAAGCACAGAAACAUCAACUUCUGGAAUACCACCCACAGUGCAGACUUCAUCAGAUAUGCCAAGCCUUUCACAUAAAGAAAAAGCAUUUAUAUCCGUGUAUACUUAA